UCAUCUUUAAUUAAUUAUUUGUGAGAGUAAUGGAAUAGAGAUCGGAUUUGCGUUUGAUCAGAUCGGAGAGAGGGUGGCCGGCCGUUUCAUUUCUUUUGGGGUUCAUAAGGACUCAACGGGAACCGGCGUCUCCUUGGCUUAAUUAGGCUACCUGAUUUGAUCUAUCAAGGUGGAGGAACAAAAUUAUCGAUUCAGCACCAUUCUGGUAUUAUAUAUAUGGAGCAAUUCAGGCAGCUUGGUGAGGUUUUGGGAAGUUUGAGGGCUCUCAUGGUAUUGGAAGAGGAUAUUCAAAUCAAUCGCCGGCAAUGCUGUUUGCUGCUUGAUCUCUUAUGUUUGGCAUUUAAUACAAUUGCUGAGGAAAUCAAGCUUAACCUCAAACUUGAAGAGAAGAACACAAAGUGGAAAGCCCUUGAACAUCCCUUGAGAGAGCUUCAUAGGGUGUUUAAAGAAGGAGAACUCUAUGUCAAACAAUGUAUGGACAAGAAGAACUGGUGGGCCAAGGCAAUCAUCUUCCACCAGAACAAUGAUUGUGUUGAGUUUCACAUUCACAAUUUGCUUUCUUAUUUUCCGGCGGUCAUUGAAGCCGUUGAGACUGCUGGAGAGAUUUCAGGACUCGACCAGGAUGAGAUGCAGAGGAGGAGAGUUGCACUUGCUAGGAAGUAUGACAAGGAUUGGAAUGACCCAAAACUAUUCCAGUGGAGAUUUGGGAAGCAAUAUUUGAUCCCGAGAGAGAUUUGCAUCCGUUUUGACAGUGCUUGGAGAGAGGAUAGGUGGAAACUUCUUGAGGCCCUCACUGAGAAGAAAAGUUCAGGAAAUUCAACAAAGAAUGAACAGCGGCUUGCUGAAAUGUUUCUCAAGAAAAUAAAUGGAACAGAUAGAUCCAACGGCAAACUUUUCCCGAGUUCAAUUUUGUUUGGAGGAGAUUACCAAGUGAGGAGGAGAUUAGGGGGACAGUACAAGGAAAUCCAAUGGUUGGGGGAUUGUUUUGCCUUAAGACACUUCUUUGGAGAGGUUGAACCUUUGAGUCCCGAAAUUGCUACCCUUCUUUCUAUUUCUCAUCCUAACAUCCUACAAUAUCUAUGUGGAUUUUAUGAUGAGGAGAAAAAGGAGGCCUUGCUUGUCAUGGAGUUGAUGAGCAAGGAUCUAAGCUGCUACAUGAAGGAGAAUUGUGGUUCAAGAAGGCGGGUUUUGUUCUCUCUUCCUGUUGUGGUGGAUAUCAUGUUUCAGAUAGCCCGAGGAAUGGAAUUUCUUCAUUCUCAGAAAAUUUAUCAUGGAGAACUAAACCCUUCCAAUAUCUUUCUCAAAGCUAGGAACCAUACAGAAGGUUACUUUCAUGUGAAAAUCUCAGGUUUCGGAUUAUCCUCCAUUAAAAGCCAUUCUUCUCCAAAUUCAUCCCCAAUCCCAAGCCAAAACCAAAACCAAAAUCAAAAUGAAUCCAACCAAUUUGUUUGGUAUGCCCCUGAAGUACUGAUAGAGCAAGAACAGCCUGGAAGUGCCUCAACAUCCAAGUACUCAGAGAAAGCAGAUGUUUAUAGCUUUGGGAUGCUUUGCUUUGAACUCUUAACUGGAAAAGUUCCAUUCGAAGAUGGUCAUCUGCAAGGAGGGAAAAUGAGUAGAAAUAUAAGAGCAGGGGAAAGGCCUCUGUUCCCCUACGCAUCACCAAAAUACCUUGUCAACUUGACAAAAAAAUGCUGGCACACAGACCCGAUUCAGCGCCCGAGUUUCUCUUCCAUCUGCAGGAUCCUACGCUACAUCAAGAAGUUCCUGGUUAUGAACUCUGAUCAUGAACAGCCAGAAAUGCAAUUGCCACCUCUAGAGUACAUGGAUAUUGAGUCAUGGUUUCUGAAGAAGUUUGCAGGGGAUUUGAGUUUCUGCCAACCAUCAGUGACACAAAUCCCAUUUCAAAUGUUUGCUUAUAGACUUGCGGAGAGGGAUAGAAGCGUAAUGAGCAAUAAAGAUAAAAAUGGGGAGUUAGCAAGUGAAGCAGCCUCAACUUGCAGGGAUGACAGCUUGUCUAUAUUGGAAGAUCCUUUCACAGCAGCAAGUGAUACAAAGUCGGCUGCCUCUGAUAUAAGGUCUGUUUGUUCUGAUUUCAAGUCCAUUUGUUCCGAUAUGAGGUCAUUAUGUUCUGAGAUACCGGAAAAGAAAUCAAUUUGCACGAGAAUCCCAGAGAAGAAGGUGUUAGUAGUGAAGAAAACCCCAGAUGUCAAGGCCAGAAAGAACACAUCAGGACAUUCAGCAGGAUCAGUAACAUCGAGAGAAUCAAAGACAAGAUCAACAAGAUCAUCUGCAACAAAAACUCAAUGUGGCCGAAGUGCGUCACUAAACCGAGCAAGUCGCUUGACAAUGGUUAUGGGUUCUGUGAACUCAGGAAGGCAAAGAGCAUCAUCAGGCUCAGGUCAUUCCUCGGAAUAGCCCUCUCUCCUGUUCACCGUCUUUCCACGAAUUCAGAAGGGUUGCUAGAGUUUCAUCAAAAUGCUAUUUCCCAUCAUCAUGACCUCAGUAGUUUUCAAUCUAAAAGAUAGAAACAAUGUAAUUAUUUUCUUUUCCGAAUCAUCUUUCCAUUAUUCUUUGUUCUCUUGUAAUAGGAUUACAGUUUCCCAGUGCCGAAUUUUUGUUUUCU